AUGGGUUGCCACAUGAAUUCUCCGCAGUCGCUCGACGCAUCUAAACUGACAUAUGCCUACACCACCACCCCACAACCAGUCCCCGAUGCUGAAACACUUGCGAAAAACCACAAAACACUCUGUACGGAUCACAUGAUCGUAGCCUCUUGGGAUGUCGAGACUGGCUGGUCUGCCCCGCAGCUAAAACCCUACGGUCCUCUCAGCCUGCUUCCUAGCGCAUCCUGCCUUCACUACGCAUACGAAUGUUUCGAGGGACUCAAAGCCUACCGUGGCGAUGAUGGUAAACUCCGAAUGUUCCGAGCCGACCAAAACGUGCGCCGCCUUCAGAUGUCCGCCGAGCGAAUUUCCCUUCCCGGAUUUGACGCAGACGAGCUGGAGAAGCUGAUCUAUGAGUUGCUUGCGGUAGACGGGGCCAAGUGGCUACCGAAGAGUCGCGCUGGGGAUUUCCUAUAUGUGCGCCCCACAAUGAUUGGGACAGAUCCCCAGCUCGGCGUGACAAGGCCAACAGAGGCCCUGCUGUACAUCAUUGUUGGCUAUACGCCGCGUGUGGAUACGCCUCUUGGUGGCAAACGCCUAUUGACAAGUCCGGAUGACAUGGUGCGUUCCUGGGUGGGCGGGUUUGGUUAUGCCAAGGUCGGUGCGAACUAUGGACCUUCGGUGAAGGUCUCCCAGGAAGCUUCUCGGUUAGGUUAUCAUCAGGUCUUGUGGCUAUAUGGCCCGAAUGGUGACUGCACUGAGGCAGGUGGAAGCAACUUCUUUGUGAUUUGGAAGCGCAAAGACGGCAAGAAGGAGCUUAUCACAGCACCUCUCGAUGAUCAGCUUAUUCUGAACGGAGUCACCCGCCGAAGUUGCCUUGAGCUAGUGAAGGAUCGCCUGGGAGAUGAAUUUGAAGUCACCGAGCGCAAGUUCACAAUUGACGAAAUUCAGGAGGCUGCUGCAGAGGGCCGACUGUUGGAGUCAUUCGCUGCAGGAACAGCUUGGUUUAUCACCCCAAUCUCCCUGAUUCACCACCGGGGCAGCGAUAUCAAAAUACCGACUGGCCCUGAUGGAACACCGGCCGAGAUUACAGGAAGAAUCAAGGGAUGGCUGGGUGAUAUGAUGUAUGGACGCGUAGCGCAUAAAUGGGCAAGGGUGGUGCCUGAGAAGGAAUUUUAG